AUGACUACUCUUUCAAGUGUUCUACCAAAGCCACGACAACAACUUUUAAGUUCGGAACAACAAAAUAAGUAUGAACGAAAAUAUGAUGAACUUACAUCUGUAAAGCCAAGGAAACAGCCACCUCCAUAUGGACAACGAUCUGGUUGGAAACCAAAAACUCAGGAAGAUUUUGGCAAUGGUGGUGCUUUCCCUGAAAUCCAUGUAGCGCAAUAUCCACUGGAUAUGGGUCGCACUACAACAACCAAAAGCGUUGAAUCGCUUGCAUUACAAGUUGAUGCUGAAGGAAACAUUCAAUAUGAUGCUAUUGCGAAACAUGGACAUACUGAAUCUCGAGUUAUUCAUUCACAAUUCAAAGACUUGGUACCCCUCAAUCAAAGAGCCGAUAUCGAAAAAGUUACUUUAGAAAGACCGGGCGAAGAUGAAGUAAAAGAAACAACGGAAAAAACAAGAGAGGCGUUAGAAAAAAUUGUACAAGGCAAAAUAAAAGCAGCACAGCCUAAAAAUGUAAAAGUUAAUAAACCGUUAGAACCAACAUAUAUCCGUUAUACUCCUGGACAGCAAGGUGAAACUUAUAAUUCCGGAGCUACUCAGAGAAUUAUUAGAAUGGUGGAAAUGCCUGUUGAUCCAAUGGAACCUCCGAAAUUCAAGCACAAAAAGAUUCCACGAGGUCCACCAUCGCCGCCGGCACCAGUUUUACAUUCUCCUCCUCGCAAAGUUACUGCUAAAGAACAACAAGAAUGGAUUAUUCCACCUUGUAUAUCUAACUGGAAAAAUGCGAAAGGAUAUACUAUUCCACUUGACAAACGUUUGGCGGCAGAUGGACGAGGGUUGCAGGAGGUUACAAUUAAUGAUAACUUUUCAAAAUUAUCUGAGGCUCUUUUUGCUGCGGAUAGACAUGCUCGUGAGGAAGUAAAACAGCGUGCUUUGAUGCGAGAUAAACUUGCUCAAAAAGAAAAAGAAGAAAAAGAAAAACGAUUACGUAUGUUAGCACAGAAAGCACGAGAAGAAAGAGCCGGUAUAUCUUCAGCCUCUGGAGGAGCUACUGGAGCUGUUGCAGAGUCGGAAUCGGAGUCUGAAUCCGAUGAGGAAAAAGUGAGAGAGAGAGAAGAAUUAAGACGAGAUCGACGGAAGGAACGUGAGAGAGAAUAUAGACUUUCUAGAAUGGGUGCUGAACAAAGGGCAAAAUAUCUUGCUCGUGAGCAAAAUAGAGAUAUUUCAGAAAAGAUUGCUUUGGGAUUGGCCAAACCAACAUUGAGCAAAGAAAGCAUGUUUGACGCUCGAUUAUUUAAUCAAUCUGAAGGUCUUGAUUCUGGUUUUAAAGAUGAUGAAGCUUAUGAUCUUUACGAUAAACCGCUGUUUGCCGGUGCAAGUUCUUCGAGCAUAUAUAGACCUAAAAAGGAAUACGAUUCGGAUCUGUAUGGAGGUGGGAAUGCUGAGAGCGUUAAUAAAAUGCUUAACGUAGACCGAUUUGGGAUUACAAAAGGUUUCCAAGGGGCUGACACCGCCCAUUCGAGGGACGGGCCUGUGGAAUUCGAGAAAGAAGAAGCAGAUCCGUUCGGUUUUAAUCAGUUCUUGGAUGAUGCUAAGAAAGGGAGUAAACGCGGGUUAGAUACAUCGUAA